CCACUGCAACACUUGCAAAGAGCUCUCCGGCUCCACGUACACGCUCAAUCAGAUCAUCCCCAAGAAAGCCCUCAAAAUCACCAAGGGCGAUGAUCUAGGCAAAUACACAUACAAGGGUGACUCUGGAAAGAGCGUUCAUUGCUUCUACUGCAAGAACUGCACCUCACACGUGUACCACGAGCAAGAGGCGCUCGGCCCCGACAGCAUUGUCCUAAGGACAGGAUUGUUGGACGAAGGUGUCAAGAACUUCAAGCCUGGUGCGGAGAUCUUUGGCAAGGACCGCUUGUCGUGGGAGAAGGAGGUUGCGCAGACGUUUGAGGUUAUGCCGCCGUCAUAG